AUGGCAGAAGUCGCUCUUCCUUCCUCUUCUUCUUCUAAUUUUCUUGAAAACGCACCUACUUCAAGCUUAUCUUCUACCUCUACCAACAAGCCCUCCAGAGUGGCCGUGGCGAAGAAAAAUGCCAAUGCAAUAGUCAAGAGGAGGCAGCCAAAAGCCAGUCGUGGCAAGGGGACGCCAGAUGGCCCAAAGCCGAAACAGACGAAGAGUCGCGAUGGUGCCGUCCUCAAUAAUCGCAAGCUUCCUGCAACCAGGGACCGUUCUGCAUACCCACCAACCCCUCCUCUUGACGAUGUAAAUGAAGACCACGAGCUUCCACAAGACAACGCCCUCCUGUGCGGAUCCAAUUGCGAUCAAACUUCGGUCGCUUUGUCCGACUUAACUACUAAGCUUGAUCAGCUCUCUGCACCGCAUGAAAAUUUCAUUAUAUUGCCUCCAGAAAAUAGCGCUUGUUACAGCACCACCCCGAGUCCUCCUAAUCACGAUUUCGACGGCUUGAGUCUCUUCGAUCAAGAAGAACCAAUUACCCCGACGCUCUCCGCAAUUGAGAUUCCAGACGCUGCUCAGUAUCUCAGUCCUGAUGUUUCGCCCGCCUCACGUCCUUCAAUUUUGGCAAAUCUCUCCCAAAAAGAAAAUGACCACGGUGCAGGACCAGCUGACCUGCCGCCGCAUGGAGCUUCACCUAUGGAUACAGAACAAGGCCUAGAGGAGGUUUGCCAACAGCCUGAGUCGAACGAAGUUGUCUCAAUGCGUCACUCAUCUCCCUUCGUCUUCGAAUCUGCCUCUACAACAGAAAGUCCAUUUCAUGCUCCCUCAAUGGAAGUUGACCUCAGACCUGAAGACUCUGGCCUACUCCAAAAACUCUUCUAUGAGCAGACCUGCGGAAUUCUUUCUAUUAAGAAUGGACCAAAUGAGAACCCCUGGAAGACUUUACUUUGGCCAAUAGUUCAUCAGGAGCCUGCACUGUAUUACGCGAUGCUCUCAAUGACCGCGUCUCAUGCUGCCUCACAGGCUCCGGAACUCCGAGUCAAAGGCCUAGAGCUGAUGACUACAAGCAUCGAGCUGCUUCGGGGUAAUUUGGCAUCUAUGCGAAGUGACACUGCGUUGGCUACAGCGCUAAUCCUUGCUUUCUCAGAGUCAUGGCAUUCGCACAUAUACACCGGUAUUUCGCAUUUGAGAGGAGCAAGAUCUUUGAUCUCGCAAGGAUUACAAAGCCAGGAACAAGCUUCAAUGGAUUCCGAGGACAUGGCAAGACUCCGGUUUUUACGAAGCACUUGGGUUUAUAUGGAUGUCAUCGCCAGGCUGACAGCACUCGGCGGCGAUGAUCCAGAAGAUCUGGAUAUGAUUGUCAUGCCAACUUAUGGUCCUGAAACAUCCGUCCAUGAUAUUGAUCCUUUAAUGGGAUGUGCAACAUCUCUCUUCCCACUAAUUGGUGCCGUAGCAAACCUGGCGAAGAAAGUCAGGAAGACUCAGAAGACACCAUUGCAAGUAGUAGCAAAAGCUGCAGCUCUGCGGGACCAGCUCCACAAAUGGCAGGUCCCAAGCCAAUUGGUCCCUCCGAGCGAUGAGUCGCUGGAAGUCGAUCACAGUCGACACACCGCCGAGGCGUAUCGAUGGGCUACAAUCCUCUUUCUCUACCAGGCUGUGCCAAUGGUAUGCACGGAGGAGCCUUUAGAAUUGGCCGAAAUCACAUUGGGUCAUCUUGCUGCUGUCCCAAUUACCUCUAGGGCGACCAUAAUCCACAUCUUUCCCCUUUUAGCAGCAGGCUGCGAGGCCGAAAGCGAAGAGGAUCGCUCUUUUGUAGCAGAGAGGUGGGACGCAAUGAUGAGUCGCAUGUGUAUUGGCAACCUCGACCGGUGCUGGGAUGUCGUACAGGAAGUCUGGCAGCGUCGUGAUGAACGCGAUACUGCCCAGCAAGGUUCGCCUUCUCUAAUGCAUCCUACCAUAUCUAGACACAAUUCAUGCAGCAACGAAGAUAUCGACCAAAGGCCGGAGGGUCUCUCGAGUUUGAAAAGGUAUCGGAGAUCUUUCUCGAGUGGAGACCGAAUCAGAGAACAGGGAGCUGCUGCAACGAUCAAGACUGAUCCUCAGAAAUCUGUGAGAGGCAGGCUCCAUUGGGUCGCUGUGAUGACAGAGAAGCACUGGGAGAGUAGGUUGAACCUCUGUUAUAGGCUUUGUAUCUUGCUGAUCAAUGCUGUCGAAGUACUCCUUGGAUGA